UGAACUGCCUUAAUUUGCGCAUGAUAAAAUACUACCUUUACACCCACAGCUCUGUCGAUUAAUUUGAGAGUGGUAAUGUAUAGCAGCAUGAGGGAUAGUCUGUUAAUGCAAGACUUGGGGGAUUUUCCCGGGGCACAUGUGCAGGGAAAGGCACUGACAGCCGAGUCGCGUAGGCGGUAGAAGAACUAUAAAUUCGGAUGUAUUUCAUGAAGAAGAUAAAACGUUACUUUAGACUUCGUAGUGGUGGUUUGAUAUGGAUAAGUGCGCAAGAAACAGCGAGAUUCCUCACGAUACGGUGAUUUCAAUGGCGCAGCAAGAGUCUGUUGUUCUUUUGCUCAAACACUGUCAAGAAAUGAAGCGACAGGAGAGUCGCUUGCGUCUUGUCACGUUAUUCUUGGUUCUGGGCUGUGCAGCUGUAUUUGUCUUUACGCAGCGUGUGAAUAGAGACUGUAAUGAGAAGGAUUCAUUCAAACCAGCUGAAUACUCACAACAGCAAGCUAUAGAUCGUCAAGAACAGAACCUGAAGCCAAACGCUCACCUGACAACAUCAUCAAUGUGCAACUCCGUGCCUGAAGAUUACAUCCAAUGGGAACACCAGGGCACUGGCUUGGUACACAUGCAAAAUUUCACCUAUGAUGAGAAGAAGCAUGCUCUGGUUGUCCCUCAGGGAGGCCGAUACUUUGUCUACGUAGGGGUCAACUUUCGAAUGCCGGAUAAAGACAAGGUAUCUGGCGAGAUCCAUUUUCUUAGCCUGAAAGUCUGGAAAUUCUCCAAUAGAUACCCAAAGAAUUGGCCUAUCAUGGAAGUCAAGGAUAGCAUACCAGACAAUAGGAGAGGAGCGAGGACUGUGUACACGGGACAGGUGGUUGCUCUGGAGGAAGGGGACUUCCUGAGCGUGUCCAUUAAUGAAGACAAUUAUGAACUGAUUGACUGUUCAGCAGAGACUACCAUGUAUAUUGGUGCUUUUCUCCUCUAGACAAGGAGAACAUGUCUAUUCCAAAAAUAUGCAGUCUGUGUGGAUUUAUAUUAUUUAUUUCCAUGCUUACUUUUAGUAGGACCAGUGCAUGUUUCAAGGCACAUUUUAACAUCCUUGUGGAUACAAUAACAUUGCAGGUAUUAGUUAAGCCUUUCCUUCUGACAAAGCUGACCUUAUUUCAGGGUGGCAGGUAGCCUAGUGGUUAGAGCAUUGGACCAGUAACGAAAGGUUGCUAGAUCAAAUCCCCAAGCUG